GUCGCGACGCGCCGCGCCGGGGCGCGCACGACCCUGAAAAUCGAAUAAAUAGUGGCGAGCGACGCCGGAGUCGGAGCAGACGUCAGACGUCGAAUGAUAUCGCGAGUGUCGUGAGUGCCGGAUACUUGCGACGUCGCGGGGCUCGCGAUCCUUCGCUUUUCCUUCCCCUACGCCGCCCUCAUAGCAGUAGGGCACCAUCAGGUUGCGCGGGCUCUCCUUCAUCUCUGUUCACGGAAACGCCGUACCUCGAUAGGCUACUAGAAUUUUAUUCUACCGAUGAGCGCGCGGCCGGGGCGCGAUCGCGCUUCCACCGAGGGUGUCGCGCGACCGUCGCGGCGAGACAGGCCGCGGCCCAGGCUUUAAAUUCAAAGACGGAGGAAUGACGCUGGAGAACCCGUUCUUUGUCGUCAAAGACGAGGUGUGCAAGGCGUUGAACAAGAAUCGCGGCUUGUACGGCCGUUGGAGCGAGCUGCAGAAUGUCGGGGUCGGAAUCACGUCGCCGACCGGAGGCGGAGGUGUGCCGAUAAGCGGUUCAGCCACGGCACCGCCGAUCUCGCGUGCGGACGAGCUUGACUGGACCACUACUGAGCUGCGAAAAGCUCUACGCUCCAUCGAGUGGGACCUCGACGACCUUGAAGACACCAUCUGUAUUGUUGAGAAAAAUCCGACGAAGUUUAAGAUCGACAACAAGGAAUUAACCGUUCAACGAAGUUUCAUCGAGCAAGCACGAGAAGAAGUCAAGAUCAUGAAGGACAAAUUGAAUUUGAGUAGAAGCCGGGAUCGUGAUAACACGGCAAGACAGCCGCUUUUGGAUAACAGCCCAGCACGAGUACCUACCAAUCAUGGCACCACUAAAUACAGCAAACUAGAAAAUGAAAUUGAUAGUCCAAAUAGGCAAUUUCUAAGUGAUACAAUGCAGCAACAGAACACUAUGAUAAUGCAGCAGGAUGAACAAUUAGAUAUGAUUGGGGAAACAGUUGGCACAUUAAAAACAGUGUCCAGGCAAAUCAACAGUGAACUAGAUGAGCAAGCUGUAAUGUUGGAUGAAUUCGGAAACGAGCUGGAAACGACAGACUCCAAACUGGAUGCUACCAUGAAGAAGAUGGCCAAGGUGCUGCACAUGAGUAAUGGUAACUAUAACAAUUACAUUCCUGCUCCCACUACCCCAGUGACAUCCAGUGUCACUGAUCUCAUUUCUGAUAACAAGCCCUCCUCUCUUUCCUCUUUAUCCACCACAAUUGCCAAUUGUUUCCUAUGCUCUAAUGAUUAAUUGUUGUGCAUCUUUAGAUAACUCAAGAGACAUCAAUGAGAAAUAUUGUAAUUUUUUUAGGCAUUUUUAAAUAUAAUCAAUUUAAAAUAUUAUUUUAUUAGCAGUAUAUUUUAAAAAGAUAUAAAUAAAAUAUAAAAGGACAAAUAUAAAACAUAAAUUACUUAUAUGAAAAUAUAUAAAUAAGAAUAUAUAUAACAAAAACAAUACUUCUCUUUUAAAAAAAAGUUAGUUUUACAGUAUUUUUGUUGAUGUCGAAUUCUUUAACAAUUCAAUUAUCCUUUGUAAAAUUGUUUAGCUACAGAAAGUAAUUGUUUAAAAUCUUAAGAGAGUGCACUUUGAUUUAUAAAUUUGUAACGCAAGUUCAUAUCUUGCAUAUUAAUCAUAAUUAGGAAUGUCUAGAAAUUUAAAAAUUGCAAAAAUCUAUUAAUUACAUAAAUAUAUAUUAAUUCUAAAUUUCUUUAAAAAUUUUAUUUGUUCUAAAGACAAAGGAUGAUGUUGCAAAUGCAGCCUACAUAUUAUAUGUAAUAUAUUAUUGCAAAAAAUUAGUUGUUGUAUAAUCUGGACUAGAGUAAUAUCUUUGUCCUAAAAAAUUAUUUACUAAAUUAUGCCUAAAUUAUCUUUAAAAACAAUUUAUUUAUAUAUAAUUUAUCAAUUGCGCCAAUAUAAUUAUAUCAUUAAUUACAUUUUGUAUUAUCAAUAUUACAUAAUUAUAUUAUUUACUGAAUUGCUUUAAUAUCAAAAAAUAAUUUCAUAAUUUUCUUUUUUGUUUGCAAAUUUUGUUUAUAAUUUAUUAAAAACUUUUAGAAAAUGAUUGCCUAGUUGAUUAGUAAUUAAUUAACAUAUGGUUAUAUGUAGGUAUAUAUAAUUAUAAUAUGGUUAUAUAUAUGUAAUUAAUUAUGCACAUACUACUCUUAAUAAUUAAAAAUAAUUUAGCUUUCUCUUUUAAUUGUAAUAUUUAAAAAUAAUUUAGACAAAGAAAUUUAGUAAAUAAUUAAUCUUAUAAAUAAUUGUUACUAAUAAAAAAUAAUCUAUCUAAUCUAAAUGUUUUAAACCAUUAUUAACAUUUUCUGUUCUAACAUAUAGCAAUGUUAAUCACAUUUUGCAUUUUUGUUAUCCUUUUUCACUGAUUAUGAUUAGCACUAAUUAUAAGUAGGAAUAAAAUAAAGAUAUAAAUACAAUAAGAAAAAAAUUAAGAUUCUUUAAUUAGAUCCAAAUGAAUAAUACUUUAGAGUAUGGAACAUGAUAAAUUGAUAUAUUAUAUCUGCAAACUUUUUAGAAAAAGGAAGAAAAUAAAGACCUAGUUAGUUAAGUUUAAUCGUUGCUACAGAGAUAAUGUAGUUUAUUACAAUUACCAAAGAAUAUCGAAUCUUGUUCAGAAAUCGUGAAUGUAGUAAAUCAGGACGGACCAGUUAGACAUAUAUUCCUGAAGGAAUAUUCUUAAUAAAAUCAUAUAUUGCAGAAUAUAGCACAGUGAUUGAAUAUAAUUUUUAAGUAUUGAGAGAAUGUAUAGAUUAUUCCAAAAGUCGCAUGUAUUUAAUUCUUUUUGAAAAAAAUAAAAAAAUAGAUUAAAAAAUAAAUGUGAUGAAAAAUAAAGAUUUUAGAACAUAAUAUCAGAAAAAAAUGGGAAGAACUUUAAGGAUUCAAAAAGCUAACAAUAUAUAUUGGAGAUAGAUUUUAAUAUUCAAAAUUGAUUUUAAAGAUUAUAAUCCUUAUAUUCCUAAAAAGCAAAGUAUUUAGAAAAUUUAAAAAUUUGUAAAGCAAAAAGUUUUAGAAUUUUAUGAUCGAAAAAUCUACAAGUAUAAAAUCAAAUAUAUAGAGGAUUUAAGCCUUUAAAGAUUUGGAAAUUCAAAAAAUGAAUUCAGAAAUUUAGGAAUUAUGAAGAAAUAAAGAAAAUAAAUUAAAAAGUUGAAUUUAUUCGCUGAAGAAGACAGAUCGUGCAUGACAAAGCUAAGGAAAAUAUCUAUGUGAAUCGAGAAGAGCGUAGAUUGUAAAUGUAAUUAACGGAGAUGUAGUUUAAUUGUUAUCUCUUUUUCUCGCCGAUGACCAAUUGUGAAAAAAGAAAGAAUAGAAUACAGUGACGAAUAAAAUAUGAGAACCAA